CCAAAAAAACGGGCAUUAGAUUCCUAUUCACAAGAUGAAAAAAAUUCCAAAUCUACCAAAUACAAUAGUAGUGAUAGUGCUAGAACUUUCUGGGAAUCAAAUACUAAUUUGUUAGAAGAUUUAUCUCUUAACAACGCCAAAACAUAUAACAAAAUACCUGAUGACCAAGAAAUUCAAAUAUUUUUCUAUUCUGCAACUUGCAAUGGUUCUGUCAGAUUCGGAUUGCCUAAACAUCAUGUUUUGAAUAUUACCAAAGUGUCAAAAGCUAUCAUGCAGCAUAUUUUUCCAAAACAAUUUGGACUUCGUAACGUGUUUGAUCAUGACAAAAAUGGGCAGCCAAGC